UCGAAUCUGUUUCUCGCUGUGGUGAACAAAUAGUGCAGGAAUCACUGUCAGGAUAUUUUAGAAGUUUAACCGAAUGUCUGAUUGAUUCAGAAAGUUUUGGCUGCGGUUCAAAGUUCAUGUGGAAGUUUGCUGUGUCGGUAAAGAAGAAUAUCGCGAGAUUACAAUACCCCCGCGUCAUAAACUCUCGGAAGAGCGCUCUUUUUCUACAUGUGGGUAAAUGUCAGUGAGAGCUUAGUGAUAAACACAGGAAUACAGCGCGACCAUGUCGCAGAAAGUGUCAGACAGUGUUACAGUGAAGUGUCCGGUUUGCGCCGGUGACUUUGAUCCAGACAGAAUUAACGCGCACUUGGACGAGUGUUUACAGAGCGAUGUCCAUCAGCACACAGCAGCUCAAGAGGAACCAGCAGGACCUCCGUCCAAAAAGGCCCGUACUAACACCCCAGACACCCCUCCAGCUGCUGCAGUGUUCUCCGUGUUUCAGUCCAGAGCCAAAGCGAGCGAUCAGAAACAGAGGAGCGAGUCAGAAACCCCUGCUCCAGGUCUGAGAGUGAUGAUGGAGAAACCCGAGUGUCCCGAUGGAGCUGGCGCAAAAGCGCUGAGGCUGAACCAUGACAAACCCCUGGCAGAAGUCUUGAGACCCAGCACUCUGGAGGAGUAUUUCGGCCAGAACAAGCUGAUCGGAGAGCAGACCCUGCUCAGAUCCCUGCUGCAGUCUCAGGAGAUCCCCUCUCUCAUUCUCUGGGGGCCUCCGGGCUGUGGAAAGACCACUUUGGCCCAUAUAAUCGCCAGUUCCGUUAAGAAGAAAGGCACAGGACGUUUUGUGACGCUCUCCGCCACCAGUGCGUCCACGGGCGAUGUGCGAGAGGUCAUCAAACAGGCCCAGAAUGAGCUCCGUCUGUUUAAGAGAAAGACCAUUCUGUUCAUCGAUGAGAUUCAUCGCUUUAACAAAUCCCAGCAGGACACCUUCUUGCCUCACGUGGAGUGUGGGACGAUCACUCUUAUUGGUGCCACCACAGAGAACCCGUCCUUCCAGGUCAACAGUGCGCUGCUGAGUCGCUGCAGGGUUCUGGUUCUGGAGCGGCUGUCGGUGGAAGCGAUGGGCUCGAUCCUGCGCCGGGCUGUAGACUUUCUGGGACUGCAGGUGUUGAACGGGGAUGCGGUGGAACAGGACACUUCAGAGGUCUGCUCAGAAUCUCAGGUGUGUAUCGAGCAGAAGGCGCUGGACACGGUGGCACACCUGUGUGAUGGAGACGCUCGAGUCGCUCUCAACGGUCUGCAGCUGGCGGUGCAGGCGUGUGUGGCACAGGUGCGCACCACUUCACCCAAACCCCACACCGGCCCGCAGUCAAUAACAGUGCGUGAGCAGCACAUCAAAGAAGGUCUUCAGAGAUCCCACAUCCUUUAUGAUAAAGCAGGCGAGGAGCACUAUAACUGUAUCUCAGCCCUUCACAAGUCAAUGCGAGGCUCCGAGCCCAACGCUGCCCUCUACUGGCUGGCCAGAAUGCUGGAGGGUGGUGAAGACCCGCUGUAUGUGGCCCGCAGACUCGUCCGCUUCGCCAGCGAGGAUAUCGGUCUGGCAGACCCAGCGGCGCUCACUCAAGCCGUAUCAGCGUUUCAGGCAUGUCACUUCAUCGGCAUGCCCGAGUGUGAGGUCAUUCUGGCGCAGUGUGUGGUUUAUAUGGCCCGAGCGCCCAAGUCUGUGGAGGUGUACAAGGCCUAUAACAACGUCAAGUCCUCUCUGAGGAGCCAUCAGGGUCCGUUACCGUCCGUUCCCCUCCACCUGCGCAACGCUCCCACCAAACUGAUGAAGAAUCUGGGCUACGCCAAAGGAUACAAAUACAACCCAAACUACAGCGGACCGGUGGAGCAAUCAUAUCUUCCUGAGGAACUGCACGGUGUGAACUUCUUCACCUGGACGCCCCCCAAACUAUGACUGAUUGUCUUUCUAAGAUUGGAGUUCUGCUGUUGUCUUUAUCGCUGUUGCUGUAUCUUAUACAUAUUACAGAUCGAUUUCAUGCCUUUGGUCCAUAUUGUGAAUGAAUAAAUAUGCAUUUGCUUAUAUUAUAUGUUUAAUGUACAACAUGAAGAUUGCAGCAACUGAUUUCCAUUUUUAUCUCAGGUAAGUAAGAAAUGAAUACAUAGAAACAAUGAGAUUGUACUUUUAAGUGCAAAAAAAUCCCUGAUUUGAAUACGAGUGAUUUGGCUUUAUUCCCAAAUACACAUUUACACUGGCAUUUAUAUUAGUUUAGCUUCGUCUUCCUUUGGUUUCCUCUAAUAUUCAAACUUGAGUUGCAUCCCUGACAAUUCAUGUUUCAGCUCCAUUACAUGUUUGCAUUGUUGUUUUACACUCUUAUCUACAAGCCAGCAAUAAUUUUGUUUAACAGCACAUGCUUUACUAGAAUCAUUUUUUUUUCUGCACUGAAAAUUUUGCACUUACAAAUCAAUAGGUCAAUGUAAUUUUCACCAGUAAUUAAAAGGAUCGUUCAUCCAAA